AUGGGGCUGCUGGCGCUCGAGCGGUUGCUGUCCGUGCGCCGCCGCCGGCGGCAAACCCAAACCCGUGGUAUACCGAAUGCUUCUGGGGCUAAAAGAGAAGGCUCACCCAGUCAACAAGAGAGUAGUUCUCAAGGGGGCAAAAGAACCAGAAGUUCAGGGCCAGAGCUUCCAGAGGAUAUCUGGCAGUAUAUACAUUCCCUACUGCCUCUGAGAGAUGCUGCCCGAGCUAGCUGUGUUUCUCGCGCAUUUCAAUCUUCCUGGAGAAGUCACCCCAACCUCACCUUCGACGAGAGCAUAAUGGGCCUGAAAGGUCAGGCUUACAUCGACAAAGUCGACCAGAUUAUGAAAAAACACUCGGACUCUGGCGUGAAGACAUUUGAGUUUGAACAUGAUUCUUAUUUCGACACCAGUCAGCUCAAUAGUUGGCUUAAGAUCGCUGUUACUCCAGGGAUUGAAGAACUCGAAAUUUCACUGUCUCUAGAAGACGAGCAAGAGAAAUACAACUUCCCAUGCUUACUUUUAUUCGCUGGGAGUGGAGGAAACUCGAUUCGGAGACUUGACCUCAGCGAUUGCACCUUCCGUCCCAUGGCUGGACUUGGUUGCUUGACAAGGCUACAUCUGUGGGAGGUCCAUAUUACAGGGGAUGAGUUAGGGUGCCUUCUUUCCAGUUCGUUUGCUUUGGAGGUGUUGAGUCUCACUGAUUGCAGUGAGAUAAAUUGCCUCAAGAUACCUUGCCUACUACACCGGUUCGUAGACCUGACGGUGUCUUAUUGCAGCAAACUGGAAGUUAUAGAGAAUAAAGCUCCAAAUCUCUGCACUGUUUCUAUCGACAGUGAUGUUGCACACAUUUCUAUUGGUGAUUCGUUGCAAGUGAAGGAGUUGGAAAUGUCCUGUGCUGUUGAGUUUAACCUUGUUUAUCAUGCCCGUGCCAAGCUUCCUGCCAGUAUGCCAAACCUUGAAACUCUCAGCAUCAUUUCGCCUGGUGAGAUGUUCAGUACACCAUCUGUACCUGGCAAAUUCCAUUACCUCAAGCACUUGGACAUUCAUCUUGAAGUUUUAUUAAGUGAGGCCUUUUCCCCAAACUACGAUUAUUUUUCUCUAGCCCAUUUUCUGGAUGCAUGUCCUAUCUUGGAAACUUUCAGUCUGGAGGUUGACCAGACUCGCAUGAAGCAUGAUUCAGUUCUUGAAGAUCCCUCAGAUCUGAGACAGAUUCCAGGACACCGAUAUAACAACAUCAAGAAGGUGGGCAUCGCCGGCUUCUGCUCUGCAAAGAGCAUGGUCGAGCUAACCUGCCAUAUUCUUGAGAAUGCAACAUCACUUGAGUGCCUUACAUUGGGCACCAUCCUCUAUGGUUAUGAGAAUCGUCUGUCUGACCACAAAUACGGUAAAUGCCCAGGGAUAGGCAAGCAUAUGAUUGCCGAAGCCCACAAUGCGCUCGCGGCCAUCGAGAGAUACGUUGUGGGGAAAGUGCCAUCCACAGUUAAGUUAAAUGUUAUGAAGCCCUGCAGCCGUUGCCAUGUUCUUAAGUGAUGCCAGCCAUCCAAUGUUAUAGCAACUAUCUACUGUUUAGCUGUAGACGAAAAGACCAUCCACCGUUCAAAGUGUUGUAAAAUCUC